AUGGCUGCCCCCUCACCACAUCCCUUUGACCCUCUCAGACCAGAUGAGAUUGCGAGGGCUGCGGGGAUCGUGCGCCCGCAUUUCGGCGGCCAAGAGCCCAACUUCAGAGUGAUCACCCUGCUCGAGCCGCCCAAGAAGCUGAUGAUUGCCUACUUGGAGAACGAGCAUCAAAACCAGCCCAUAGAGGAUGUGCCGACCCGGCACGCUCGGGUUGAGGUCGUCGUCAAGGGCAGGGCUAAUGAAAACCAGUUGUUUGAGCUCUACGUUGAUCUCGGCAACGAGAAGGUUACUCAGAAGCAGCAUGUCAAGGGCAAGCACUCCUACAUUGACGCAAACCAUAUGAAGGCUGUAGAAGCCGCCUGUCUAGCUGAUGAGGGCGUCCAGGCCGAGCUCCGCAGCCUCAACUUACCCGCCGGUGCCACCCCGGUUGUUGAGCCAUGGGCGUAUGCGACCGAUGGCAUGAACGACAUGUCGACACGCAUCACCAUGUGUUGGUUCUACCUUCGUCUGCUGGACCACCCCGACGCCAACUACUACGCAUACCCCCUGGAUGUCUGUGCCGAGGUCUCUGAGGAUCUCAAGGUCACAAAGAUCUACCGACUGCCGACUAACCCGCAAGAGAGGAUUCAUCAUGAAAAGAGGCCCUUUGACCGCCGGAGAAUCCAUCCCGCAGAUGCAAGCGAGUAUCAUCCUGAACUGAGGCCUGCUUCGAGAACCACUACCAAACCAUACCAAGUUGUUCAGCCUGAAGGACCGUCCUUCCGCAUCAAUGGCAACCAGCUUGCGUGGGAGAAGUGGAGCUUCCGAGUGGGCUUCAACUACCGAGAAGGCCUGACCCUUCACGAUGUUCGUUAUGAAGGCCGUAGCCUCUUUUAUCGCUUGUCUCUGGCAGAGAUGUUUGUCCCGUACGGGGACCCGCGGGCCCCCUACCCUCGCAAGGCGGCGUUCGAUCUUGGUAAUGAUGGUGCUGGCCUCAACGCAAACAACUUGCAGCUUGGAUGUGAUUGUCUCGGAACCAUAAAGUACUUUGACGCUUAUCACAACACUCCGACGGGCGAACCCUUGAAGAUGCCCAACGUCGUCUGCUGCCAUGAGCAGGACGACGGCAUCCUGUGGAAGCACACCAACUUCCGCACCGGCAACGCAGUCGUGGCUCGCUCCCGGAUCCUCGUUCUGCAGACCAUCAUCACCGUGAGCAACUACGAGUACAUAUUCGCAUGGCACUUCUACCAAGACGCCUCCAUCUUCUACGAGGUCCGCGCCACCGGCAUUCUGUCCACGGCGCCCCACGACAUAAACGCCAAGGAGAGAGUUCCCUACGGGACUGUAGUCGCACCUGGCGUCCUCGCGCCCUAUCACCAACACCUCUUCAGCCUGCGCAUCGACCCCGCCAUCGACGGCCACAACAACUCCCUGGUCAUCGAGGAGUCCACACCACUCCCCACAAACGACCCGAAGGUCCACAAUCCGUUCGGGGUCGGCUACGUCACAGAGAGUCGCACCGUCGAAGAGGAAGGCGGCUUCGACCUCGACUUCACCAAGAACCGCACCUUCAAGCUCGUCAACGAGAAGCAGAUCAAUCCCAUCACCGGCACGCCCGUCGGUUUCAAGCUCCUGCCGUUCUACAGCCAGAUGCUCCUCGCCAGCCCGGAGUCAUACCACGCCAGGCGCUCCGAGUACGCCCAGCACGCCGUCUGGGUGACGCGGUACACGGACAACGACCACUUCCCCGCGGGCAAGUACACGAUGCAGUCUGCCGGCGGCGACGGUCUGGCCUCCGUCAUUGCGAAGCGGAGAGCUACAGGCGUGGCGCAGUCGGUGCGGGACGAGGACAUUGUCAUCUGGCAUACGUUUGGGUCGACGCACAACCCCCGUAUCGAGGACUGGCCGGUGAUGCCGAGCGAGAAGCUCAUGGUUGGGCUGAAGCCUGUGAACUUCUUCUCUGGGAAUCCGGGAUUGGACGUUACUCCCUCCACGCAGGAGAAGAAUCAGAGUGUUUUGUAUACUGGUGAAAGCGCCCAAUCCGCGACAUGUUGCCAGUCAAAGCUGUAG